AUGACCGACGACCUUGCCGUACAGAGCUCAGGCAAGAGCGGUCGAAGCCUCAGGGACAAACUGCGCUCUACAUUUGGUAGAAAAUCAGUCGACGACACAAACACUCCUCGAAGGAAGAGCAGCGCUGGCGAGAGUGUAGCGUCGGGGCGCAAAAGCUCACAAAGAGCUUCCCUUGAUUCGAGGCAGGACUCUGUUCAAGUCGUUCCUUUCAAAACACAAGCCGAACGUAUCCGAGAAGCGCGAGAGACUGGUCCUAAAAUCGACAAACAGACUGGAGAGCUUCUGGAUGGCACUUUGAUGCUGCACAGUCUUGCGCACGACUCGUUCGACACUGUGACAGAAAUCUUGAACAAGUAUGAAUUGGAUCCGAAUCGGCCGCCUGGUGAAGCGCAGAUUGCUAGUCUGUCGCCCCAAUUGUGGAAUCAAAUUGCAGAGCGUUUGGAAAUGAUUGAUCGCGCCUGCCUUGCUCUCUCGUCCAAAACUUUGCUGGACCGUGUGGGAUCCUCUUGUUUCCAGACCAUCAAUCAUCCCAACAAUGCAGCAUACAGACUCGAGUUUUUGCACAGAUGUCAAGACAAAUUACCGAAUCACCUUUUCUGCUUCGUCUGCAACAAAUAUCAUCUACGGACACAGAAAGGCGAGGAGAAACUCAAGCCUGCCAGCGUACUCAAUCCUCUAUUCACAUGUCCACAUGCCACCAACAACCUCAUGCCUCAACCAAGAAUCCGCAUCACAACAGGCCGAACACUUCCCUACACGUUCGUUCAACUGGCUCUGAGAGGCAAGAAAUACGGUCUAGACCACGGCAUCGAAGCAACGACAAUGGCGCGUCUCUGGAGAGAACCGUAUGAACCUAGAUGGACUCACAGCUCUCGUUACUUUGUUUUCAAAGGACAUCUCCUGAUGCGUGUUCAAAGUACUGCCUUUACAAAACCAGGCUUGACACCAGCUGCUGAGCGCAUGCUUCUCUACAGUCGUGAAGACUACUUGCCCUACUUCUCCGUCUGCGCACACUGGAGAGAUGGUCUAUUGAUGAAGAUCUGUAAAUGCGCAUUGAGUCAUCUGCCAGUACCGCCGGAAAAGUCACUGCAUGAGGGUUUGGCAAAGGUUGCUGGUAGACGACCAACUCCGAACGCAAUCAUCACGCUAUGCUCAGAAUGCCGGCCGAUGCGCAGAUGUCCCCAAUGUCCGACAGAGUACUUGGUCGAGGUCAAGUUGGCCGAGGACAGAACGGAAAAAGACCCGAGACAGUUGUUUAAACAUGCCAUUGUGGUGACGCGAUGGAGUGAUCUUGGAGACGGCUCUUCUCCCGAAAGUCCCGAGUGGGCGGCGAUUACCGGUGCAAUCGAUAACUAUGAUUCUUUGACCACAAUCGGUACAAGAGCUGUUUCGGGUACUUUCGAAAGUCAGAGUGCUGAUACUGGUCCUGGGCAAAGAAUCUUGAAUCUCAACCCCAAGGAUGAACACAAGGGAGAGGAGGGACACGAAUGGUACUGA